GGCCACAGCUUGCCAUGUGACUGGAGACCUAGUAGAACUUCUGUCUAUCUUCCUUUCGGUUCUAAAGUCAACACGUCCGUAUCUUCAAAGAAAAGAUGUGAAGCAAGCUCUCAUUCAGUGGCAGGAGCGAAUUGAAUUUGCUCAUAAGCUCUUAACUCUGCUGAAUUCCUAUAGUCCUCCAGAACUUAGGAACGCUUGUAUUGAUGUCCUCAAGGAGCUUGUACUUUUAAGUCCUCAUGAUUUCCUACAUACUCUGGUUCCAUUUCUACAGCACAAUCAUUGUACAUACCACCACAGUAAUAUCCCAAUGUCUCUUGGACCUUAUUUUCCAUGUCGUGAAAAUUUGAAAUUAAUAGGGGGAAAAAGCAAUAUUCGUCCUCCACGUCCUGAACUUAACAUGUGCCUCUUGCCUACAAUGGUGGAAGCCAGCAAGGGCAAAGAUGAUGUUUACGAUCGUAUGCUGCUAGACUACUUCUUUUCUUAUCAUCAGUUCAUCCAUCUACUAUGUCGAGUUGCAAUCAACUGUGAAAAGUUUACUGAAACUUUAGUUAAAAUGAGUGUCCUAGUUGCAUAUGAAGGUUUGCCACUUCACCUCGCGCUAUUUCCCAAACUUUGGACCGAGCUUUGUCAGACUCAGUCCGCAAUGUCAAAGAACUGUGUAAAGCUCCUCUGCGAAGAUCCGGUUUUUGCAGAAUAUAUAAAAUGUAUUCUGAUGGAUGAAAGGACCUUUCUUAACAACAACAUUGUAUACACCUUUCUGACCCAUUUUCUUCUAAAGGUGCAAGGGCAGGUGUUUUCUGAAGCAAACUGUGCCAACUUGAUCAACACUCUCAUUACAAAUCUAAUAAACCAGUAUCAGAGCCUAGAAUCUGACUUCAGCAACCAGAGAGUUGAAAUUUCCAAAGCAAGCUCUACUUUAAAUGGGGACCUCCGAGCACUUGCCUUGCUGCUUUCAGUGCACACUCCCAAACAGCUCAACUCAGCCCUGAUUCCAACUUUACAAGAGCUUUUAAACAAAUGUAGAGCUUGUCAACAACAGAGGAACUCAUUACAAGAGCAAGAAGCCAAAGAAAGAAAAACUAAAGAUGAUGAAGGAGCCACUCCUGUAAAGAGAAGACGUGUCAGCAGCGAUGAGGAGCACACUGUAGACAGCUGUAUCAGUGAUAUAAAAACUGAACCCCGGGAGGCACUGACCCCAACGAGCACUUCAGAUAAUGAGACACGGGACUCUUCGAUCAUUGAUCCAGGCACUGAGCAAGAUCCUCCUUCCCCCGAGAAUAGUUCUGUCAAGGAGUACAGAAUGGAAGUUCCAUCUUCAUUUUCAGAAGACAUAAUGUUAGCGACGCGGUCACAGCACACGGAAGAGCAGUCAGGAAAUGGUAAAUUUGAAGAAUGCAAAGAAUUUAAAGACCUGCAGACUUCCAAGGAUUCCAUUGGAGCCGAGGAGGACUCGGAGUUCCCUUCCACAUCGAUUUCAGCCGUUUUAUCUGACCUCGCAGAUUUAAGAAGCUGUGAUGGUCAAGCCUUACCAUCCCAGGACCCUGAAACUAGUUUAUCAAUCAGUUGUGGCCAUUCCAGAGGACUUUUUAGUCACAUGCAGCAGCAUGACAUUUUAGACAUCCUGUGUAGGACCAUUGAGUCAACGAUUCAUGUGGUCACAAGGAUAUCUGGAAAAGGAAGCCAAGCUGCUUCUUGACAUUAAAUGGAGCAUGUCUGCUUUUAAGUCUUUCUUUUUUUUUUUCUUCCCCCAAAAUGCUGUUUGUAUAAGUUUUGCUUAUUUCUGUUUUGUGCUUCAGUUUGUCCAGUGCUCUCUGCUUGAAUGGCAAGAUAGAUUUAUAUGCUUCAUUCUUGGUCAGGCAGAACUCCAGAUUUUCUUUUCUUUUCUUUCUUUGCAUCUACCGUACACUUUCUUAAAGGGCAAUCAGAUAAUGGGUAUGUUUUAUGUAAUUAAAGAGUUCACUGUAGUGGCUUUCAUUUAAUAUGGCUGUCUGGGAGAACAGGGCUGCCUUGCCCUGUAUGAUGUAAUUUAAACUUAUGACAUUUUUACUGUGUAUAAUAUGGUGUCCUCUGUGCCAGUUUUGUACCUUAUAAUAGAGGCAGAUUGCCUCAGAUCGCUGUGGUUCUUAUUAUCAAAAUUAAGUUUACUUGUAUACUAAACAACCACAAGAAAUUUGAUUCUGUAAAGAAUCCUCUUUAGCUGUGGCCUGGCAGUAUAUAUAUGGUGCUUUAUUUAACAGAAUACCUGUGGAGGAAAUAAAGCACACUUGAUGUAAAAUUAAUUGUUUUAUUUUUAUUGACAUGAUCAAUUGCUAUUCUGUGCACUUCAUUAAACUGAUUGUGAUGACUUUUCA